AUGGAGGACAAAAGGCCUCGGGUGGAUCCCGAUGAGAAUGAAGAAGGCCACGUGCAACCGAUGGAAGAAUUAAAAAUGGUACAACUCAGCAACAGUGAUCCGACCCGAGUAACCAAGAUCGGGACCAGGAUGAGCCCGGAGAUAGCCGAAGAGCUACUGGUGUUUUUACGAUCGAGCCAGGAUGUGUUCGCUUGGUCCUCCAAGGACAUGGUGGGAAUAGAAUUGGAGGUAGCCGUACACGAGCUAAACGUCAGCCCCGAAUCGACCCCAGUUAAACAGAAAAGAAGACCCUUAGGGGCCGAGAAGGAUAAGAUCAUCGAGGAAGAAGUAAAUAAAUUACUCGAGGUGGGACAUAUCAAAGAAGUCAGGUUCCCAACGUUGCUGUCGAACGCCUCUUUGUCAAAAAGUCAGAAGGAAAAUGGAGGAUGUGCAUAG